ACCGAGACAUUCAGCGUUCCCUUCCGUUCCGAUCGAAUAGAGUUUAAAUGCGAUGUUGGGGGCACUGUGAAGCUUUGCUAUAAUUAAACUAAAAAGCGGUGUUUUUCAUUUUGAACUUAUUAUAACUUGCCGCCAAUAUGCCUGUCCAUUCCAGAGAUAAGAAAGAGAACAAUCACGAAGAUAUGGACGUUGACUACCCGGAGAAUGAAGGCAGCAGUUCAGAUGAAGAGGACACGGAGAGUUCCUCCGUCUCGGAAGAUGGGGACAGUUCAGAAAUGGAUGAUGAAGAUUGUGAAAGGAGAAGAACGGAGUGUUUGGAUGAAAUGUCCAAUCUGGAGAAACAGUUUACAGAUCUAAAAGAACAGUUAUACAGGGAAAGAUUAAGUCAAGUGGAAGCAAAACUUGAGGAAGUUAUAGCAGGAAAGGCUCCUGAAUAUUUGGAACCUUUAGCAGCUCUACAAGAGAAUAUGCAAAUUCGAACAAAGGUUGCAGGUGAUUUUCUAAUUACAGGUAUCUAUAGAGAGCUCUGUUUAAAAACUGUAAAGAACCAAUACGAGUGCGAAGUGCAAGCUGCAUUCCAACACUGGGAGAGUGAGAAGCUGCUUCUGUAUGAUACUUUACAAAGUGAACUGGAGGAGAGAAUCCGGCGCCUUGAAGAAGACCGGCACAGCAUUGACAUCACGUCAGAGCUAUGGAAUGAUGAGCUACAGUCCAGAAAAAAUAAGAGAAAAGAUCCAUUUAGCCCAGACAAAAAGAAAAAGCCAGUAGUUGUCUCUGGUCCUUAUGUAGUUUACAUGUUACAAGAUCUUGAUAUACUUGAAGAUUGGACAACAAUUAGAAAACAAUCUGGCAUGCAAGAUUUAGCUGCCAAUGAUUCUCUACAUCUGCUAACAGACUGCAUCCUUUUCAAGGCAAUGGCUACACUUGGACCACAUAGAGUAAAGGCAGAUGCAUCCACCAAGACGGAAAAACAGCUUCACAGUGCCAGAUCAGAAGAUGGCAGAUUAUUUUAUGAUGGGGAGUGGUACAGCCGUGGGCAGACUAUAUGUAUUGACAAGAAAGAUGACUAUCCCAUAAGUGCCACAAUAACAACCAUCAACAAUGAUGAAGUAUGGUUUAAGAGGACAGACAGCAGCAAAUCAAAACUUUACAUUUCUCAACUACAGAAAGGAAAAUAUACCAUCAAACAUAUGUAGCUUCAUAAUGCUUGUCAAGUCUUUUAUUUUUUUGUAUGACUUUUUGUAUUGUCUCUACAACAAAGAAGGUGCUGUGACAUCUGAAUUAUAAUUAGUGAAAUACAAUUAAUUCCAUUUGCAGAAAUAUUUGACCAUUAAACAUGUUCAGUCUUAUCUGGCGAGAAGUUACUUGAGUGAAAUACUUUAUAAAUGUCACUUUCCUAGUUUGCUAUUUUUAUUUUUCUGUGUGUAUUUUGUGUGUAAUGUUUUCACUAAGUAAACCAAUAUUAUUAUGUUUAUCACUCUGUUCACUUAAACUAUUCCCCCUUGAUCUGUUUGUCAAAAUGGGAGGAGAGAUUUUGUCAAUACUGUGACUUCUGCUUCAAGGUACUUGAUUCAAGCAGUGCCUGAGACCAGUAAACUGCCUAUAUAGAGCACGCUUGUACUGCUUCUGAAUUUGAGACCCCCCCCCAGCCAAUGCACAACUCUGCCUUGCUCCUCCUGCUGCAGUUCAUCCAGUGAACAUGAGAUGCCAUCUUAUCCAUAUGAAUGUGAUAUCCAGUGGUGCCAGAUGGAAAAGCUGGUGGUACUUCAAAUUUUUAUUCAAUAAUCUAGACCAUUAUACUGGUGUCGAACAUAGUUGUUGCAGUGGAAUGGAACAAAGCGGUUAGAAUGGAUGUGAAAAUGUUAACAGUAGGCCUAAUGUGUGGAAUGUCAAAUUGUAGAACCAUAUUUGCUUUCACUUUCCGAAUUUCAAGCUUGGCAAACAAAAAUACAGAUGCAUCAUAGUGCUGUCAUCCAAGUGUAUUGAUUAUACCAAGCACUGACUUGUAAGAACAUUCUAAACAAAUGGAGAAUUUUAAAAAGGCACACUUUGUUGAUAAUUACAUUGGUCAUUUGUAUUAUGUUCUUGAACAGUUGUGAUUAUACUUGUAGAAUAUAAUUUGAACAAAUUGGACUGAAUUUGCUGAGCAUGUCCGGUCUCUGUUUUGCGUAAAGGCAGUGAAAUUGAAUUACGUACUUAUUUCUGACUGUGGUUUUGUGUAAACUGAAACUGUUUUUGUUCAAUUGAUGUGCAUUAUAUUCUUGACAAAGUACAAUGAAAACAAAGCUCUGUAAUUCUGGUGAUCAGCUGGAUAGUAAUCUUUCUGAAUAACCUGAUGAAUUUAAAAAGUUUCCUGACAGAUGUGGGAAAUUGGCUACUGCAUAUAAAUGAAAUAGGACAAUUAAAGAUACUGAGAUCUAUUUUAAGUUUUUUUCCCUAUGCCAUAUACUAUCACUUGUGCCAAAAUAAUCCCUGGUAUGGUUACAAAGCCCUGCUUUAAUAUCCAUGCCUUGCUUAUUGAAGGAUAUUACAUUUUCAUGGAUGUGCCUACAAGUAAAAUGAGCAUAAAAUUGUUUCAACCAAAAACGGAACCAUACUUCAAUUAUCACUUCAUUUUCUUUCAGCAUGGUGUGGUCUUGCUGGUUUGAGAACCACCUAGAUAUGGAUUGUCUGGGAGAUUAACUCCUAUAUUAAGAUCUAUCAUGAAUUUAGGGUUUUAUGCAUUUCCUCAAUUUGUGCACAAUGUGAACAAAAAUUAUGAUGUGUUUAUCUUGCAUGAAAAUGGAAUUUUAAAAACUACAAAUGGUCAUGAACAAACUUUGUUAUAUAAAUUAUGUGUACCAUGUUAAUAAAACUCCUUUUUAA